GGAGAGCGCGCGAGGUGCCGCCCUUGUACUUACGAGCCUGCUGCGUCGGCGCUGCUACAGCGGCGGCGACUGAGCACCUGUUCGCGCGUGCGUCUGGCUGUAGCUGCGCGAGUCCCCCACCUCAACACACUUUCUGUUCUCACAAUCGUGUGCCGGUGUCCGCUCUUCUCUGUGGUCUCAAAGUGGUGCUGGUGAAGCGACUCGAGUGAGCGAGACGAGGCUGUGCCUCCUCCUGCGGUUUGUUCUUUCGCACCGCCCGCACCUUCUUCGACAUGAUGAGGAGGCUUGAAGCCGCGUUCCUGGGCCGUAAGGAUGAUCACAUCGGCAACGAGAGAGGGACGGCGGACCGACGCGGAGAUCAGCGUGCCAAGCGGGAGAUGGAGUUGCGGCGGCUGCUGCAUCAAGUGCGCUGCUGGCUACGGGUCAUGUUUGUGCUCGCCAACAACCUGUACUGUAUCCCCACCUACCUGGUGUGGAUGUGGGUGGUGUUCUAUCCGCUGCGUGUGCUCCUGCCGCCUCUGUACUGGGCCAUCGAGCGGCAACUAUUUCGACUUCUUCUCCUCAUGGUCUCCUUUUGGAGCUGGAGUGCGGAGUACUAUGUGGACGAAGUUGGGGAGGACGUGAGCGAGUGCUACGGUGAUCGCACACUAGUCCUUGUCAACCACCAGUCCACGGCCGAUGUGCCGCUACUCAUGGCCUCCUUUCAAGGGAAGCGCUCCGUCACCGAGCACCUCAUGUGGAUCAUGGACCGCCUGUUCAAGUACACAAACUUUGGUGCUGUCUCCAUGACCCACGGUGACUUCUUCAUCACACAGGGCAAGGACACUCGCAACAUCCAGUUGCAACGACUCAGGGACCACAUUUCAGAGGUGUACCUUCGCCGGGGGCUCAAGUGGAUUGUCCUCUUCCCCGAGGGUGGCUUCCUGCACAAGCGGCGCGCCACCAGCCAGCGGUAUGCCAGGGCCAAUGGCUACCCCAUCCUGGAGCACGUGACACUGCCGCGAGUGGGUGCCAUGAAGACAGUCCUCGAGUCACUCACGGCAGAGAACCUUGCCAAGACUCACAAGGGAGAAGAACCAAUCAAGUGGGUGGUGGACAUCACUGUUGGCUACCCGGACAUGGGCAAGCCCCUGGACCUGUUCGUCAUCUCGGGCGGUUUCCGCAAGCAGUGCGUCGUCCACAUGCACUACCGGCGUUUCCCCAUUGCAGAAGUGCCCAUCGAUGACUCGGAGGCCCUCACGAAAUGGCUGUAUGACCGGUGGGCGGAGAAGGAGGACCUCCUGGAUAUUUUCUACCGCACGGGGCGCUUCCCGGGGCGGCUCCACCAGGGCAGCGGGGAAGACGGCAGCAACAACCUCGCUCCUCUGCGCGAGACGCCCCUGCGCGUCGACUUCAACAUCGCCUGGAUUGUGCUCGUGCAUGCCUUCUUCAUCAUGUCGACGCUGUUCCAUGUGGCCUUGUGCCGCUGGCUCGCCUCGCUCGUGCCGCUGCCGUUCUGGUGACAGUUCCUCACUGCGAUGACGGGAACGGAGAGUGCGAGAGCUGCUGUGGUGCGGACUCCUGCGUGGUUGCACUGUGUGGCAGGGAUUUUUGCAGAGCGGCCUCAAAGGCGGUUAGGUUUAGGCUUUUGAAAACAUGCGCUCCCUUCUCCCUUGAAGGCUUGAUUCUUUCGGAGUUGGGAGGUUGGAGCAUCAUUUGCAUCUGGUUGUGCAGGAAGAAGCUUUUCUCCCUGGGAGGGGUGGAGCUGUCUUGUGGUUGAAGGCUCUUAGAAUGCCCCCCGAUUGCGUGUUGAAAAAGUGUUGAAUGGGGUCCGAGGCUUGGAAAGCCGGGUGGCUACAUGUGUGUGUGUGUGUGCGUGUGUGUGUGCACGUGUUUGUGUGUCGGGCAGUCCCGUGAGAAAGGCUUUAGGAAAGACAGUUGAUGUGGGGUGAAAAAUGCUUUGCGGGAAAGUGCUUUCCGCCAAAUUAAAACCCGAGAAUAUACCUGGAGUUUGGUGUGGGAAAAUUCAGGCUGAUGCUUCAUAUUGUGCUGAGGAGAGGCCUGGAAAACUGGGAGAGAUUCCUUGAUGAUUAUUGGAGACGGCAAGCAGUGAGAAAAGCAUCAGGAAAGUCCGUGAAAAUGCUCGCUGACCCUGGGACCAGCAAAUUCGAACAAGCGCAUGCUGCCAUACUUGGCUAAGAGCCUCAGGAAUGCCUAGCAGGAACAUUAGGAAUUCCAUUCAGUGCCGAAGCCACUUAAAUAUAGGCUCGCGCAACAGUCUGUCGAUGUCAUGCUGAACCUGUUUGUAUAAUGACAUAUAUGUACUAGCAAGUUGCAUGACAGACAUCAACUUGGUUUUUUGUAAGUUUUAUGCAAUAGUCUUAUCAUCCUUUAUAAAAGUCAAAACUACAAUGUUGCAGGUAUACCAUAGUAACUCUUAUAUAAUGUGAGCAUCACUGUAAGCGUCAUAAUAAAGGGCAGUUCUGGUGCUAUUAAAGAUGAUUCCUAACCUGUAGAUAUUGGAAGACGAAAGAUUUAAAUGACUUAUGCUGAUCGGGAAAUAUUCCUGACGCAAACUUCCUUGUUUUCAGCCUCUGUGGCAGGUUCCAGCUAAAACUCGUUUGCUUGUCAGCUUCCGUGAGUGUGCUUGAGUCAUUUGAGCCAACUUAGCUUUAACUCAAGCCUAACUGCAGGCCUAAUUUCUCAGCUAAGUUGAAGCUAUGCCUGACUUGGCAGCCGGUGAUUGAUUACUGCUUCCACUCAUAGCCUGAAUUAUCAGUUACUUGAUUGUGCAUAGAAAAUAAUUUAGUCAUUAUUAUACUUUGUUCUUGUCAAAACUCCUUUCGUUUACUUUUGUUUAGCUCUAUUGGUUCUAGCAUUUGUACCUCAGCUGUUGCUUUUUGGAUAAACACUGCAGUGAAUUUUGCAACAAGUGGGCAUUUCACCGGCAUGUGGCAGCAACUUUGUCAGGAGUUUUAACAAUUUCUUCGAUGCUGUACCGUGCAGCCAUUCGUGGAAAGUUUCACUACCCCCAGGCAGCCAUGAAUAAAGAUGCUCGCACAUUGAAAAAUGCUCAUGUUGCUACUGAUAAGGAUGGCAGUGGGUUCGAUUUUUGAGUGAGACCUCAAACCAGUGUGUCAGCUAAGCACCUGAAGUCAUUAGGAUCUCAAAAAUGAAAUCUUAAUUCAAAUAGCUAAAAUCCAAAGACAAACCUCGCACUGUAUGCAGGUGUUUAUGACAUUUAUAAUAUUCCGGCACCAGCUUUUAAGCAUCUGUAGAUACUUCAGGUGGCAGCCCCUUGUGGCACUCAGAAGUCGAGCGGAACCGUUCGUUAGUAGGAGCUCACAGGAAUUCACUUGAGAACUGGUAGGAGAGCAUCCACACUCAUGGAAGGGCUCUUGCAAUACGUAUUGCCUACCAGUUAGCAGCUUCUGGAUGGCCACCAAGUCCAGCUGGAGCACCCAAGUUUUUGUGUAGCUCACUUAUUGUACUCAAGUUUAUUUCGGCACAAAAGAAAAAAAGUUCAAAAAAACUACGAACGGCAACUCUACUAUGGAGCGUGAGACGGAAGGGCUUAUCUUUCCCCUUGCAAGUGCAAUCAGGUGCAAGCUUUGAAAUAAAACACUACAUUCGCCAUUUGAUAACGCAUUUGUAUCACAACAGACAAAAUUUGUUGUAUGCACAAUGCUCUGUCAUGGAGCAGAGAUAUUACGAAAGUAAGCAAGAAUGCCUCGCCUGACUCAGCCUCACUGAUGGCAAUUUCAGGUAGCUAAGCCCCGUGCGACAUGCCCAGCAUCAGGCUACAGGAGUGCGACUCCGGAGCAAGAAGCCCGCCUUGAUGUAGGCCACGAAAACGUCCAGAACAAUUACGAGUGUGGCCAGACUGUGGCCAUGUGAUGACUGUGUGACUCCGUUCAUCAGCACCGUUCUCUCGCGGCCGUGCCGUGGUGGCAACCAGUUUGGACGCCCACGACGACAGAACUAGAGUUCGACAGAUGUGCUGCUGCUGUGUUGAGCUACCAGGUGGCCAUGCUGGCAUGCUUGGCUGCAGCGCUUGAUCGUCUGUUUCGAGUUCGCAGAAAUGUGAUGAUUUGACACUGGUGCCUGAUGAAAAAGUGACUGGGAUUUCGUGGUGUACCUCGGUGAGAUGUAAAUUACGAAGGUUUACCGGGGCAAAAGAGACGUACAGUUUAUUGGGCUGUGAUCCAUGUGGAAACGUUUAGCCAUUGCUUUCAGUUUGUUUGUCACAAGAAAUUUUCAUAGUGCCGUGGACUGAAUGCUCGCAUUUUGACAAGCCCAAGCUUUUCUUUCUCUCGCGGUGUCUGAGAUUCGAGUGUUGUGGCUUGAGCAUUUUGAGUUUCAAAGGUGGGAAGCCUUUAUCGUGGGAGUGAAAUGCACAGGUGUCAACUGUGGCGUAAUUAUAGCAAAUUGUGUUGCUGUUACAUUGGUCUGUUGGGUUUUGUUUUCUGCAUGCUGUGGUGGACAAUCUGAUGCAAUUUGCUAGCAUGUAAGAAGCACUGCUUUUUAGUUAGUGUAGUAUACCUAAUUGUUGGCCACAAAGAUAGCGCAGCACUUUAUUUUUUUUGUUCUUUUGUUAUUACUAAGGAACUCGGAUGCCGGGAAACACAUUCCCUGAUUUACCAUCAUUCUCGCUUCUUUUAAAAAAAAAGAAGAAAAGCCUUGAGGCAAAUUGUUUUUGAUGUAAGAAAGACUUAUGCUCGCAGUUAUUGAGGUGCAGCCUCGUCAAUCUUGGAAUGAGUGCCAUGUCUUUUAUUCUAGCCAUUUUCUCACUACGACACUCUGAUUUUGAAUCUUUGUGCUGGUCACGCUAGUGAGCUCAUGUUAUUUGGAUUGUACAUUCAAUCGUUGUCACUGUUGAUUGUCUUUUCGUGAAUGUUCAUGAAGCAAAUUUUUUAUUUUCUCCUGAAGACCAAAUUGUGGAAUGUUUCAGGGGCACCCCAGCCGAUGUAUAGUAGCCGCUUUCAUUAAAAUAGGGAGAUAUGUUCCCGCUGUGGGCAAGAAACAGGUCAAGCAUGCAUGCAAUUAUAGCUGACCUAUACAAGAGCACCUGCGCAUCGAAGAGUUAGCCAUUCAGAGCUAGUUGCUAAAUUGAUAAGAUAAACUUACCCAGUUUGCACAAGGUUGUAGACAAGGCCAAGGACACUUGCCCAUGGUCUGUGCAAGGGAGCAUGGCGUAAGUAUUUGUGCAGUGCAUCAAAAUGACCAGUUCAUGGUGCUUUAGCAUGUAUAGUACCUUUAGCGUUCACUUUGAUUAGUUUAGCAGCAUUCUUCACACUCUUAUGAAUCAUGGCACAGUAGCAUGCAGAAAGAAACCGUGAAAUGGUCUGUGCAGAAAUGAUAGCAGCCUGUGGCUGAAGGUUUCGGUAGACGCAGUUCCGUGCAACGUCUUUUUCAGGCUCGCACCUUACGAGGAGUUUUCAUGGCAUAGCACUUGAACAACAAAGCUGGGCUUAUUGGUACAAAUGCUGUGACUCUUAAUUUAGCAGUGCUAAAAACAAGUAAGCUUUUGUGGCGACUGCGACCUGCUGUGCUUGCGAGUAUUUGGUGGGGAUGCCAUUCAUUUGUAAAAGAAUUUGUAAAGAAAAACGUGGGAGAGGUUUGGCAGAAUGUGUUCAAAUUUGUAUAACUGCACAGUAAAAGCACAGUCACAAACAGAUUGAUAAGCUGUUGAGAGUACACCAGGUGUAGCCAGAGCUGUAUCUGGGCUAGAGUGAGGUAAGGUUCUUUGAGCUGUGAUUUGUGUAGUUGUAUAUGCGAGUAUGGGAGAACAACACAUCGGCAGUCAUCCCCCGUGUGUUUUGCUGUCUCUUCUUUGUUUAUAGCACCGGUGAAUUAUGGAUUGCGAUACUUUGAACAAAAGUGCGAGAUUCCCACCAAGACCUGUGUUGUUGCCACAGGCUGGCAUAUGGACUGCUCGCAAGUGUCACACGCUGCUUUGUUUUUUUUGUUUUGCCAUCAACUCCAGCAUCCUACGAUGAGCUAAGUUUCGGGUUGCUCGUGAGUGACUUGUGUCAGCUGCCCUCUUGCAAACUUACGACGAAAGUGGUCCUGUAAAUGAAUUGCACUAUUAGAGCUUGCCCACUUUGACUGGCGCAAGCUUCAUCACGUCUGUGCACCCUGAGAUUGCAGUGACCAUAACGCUCGGCGAUCACCGAGAAGUGGUGGCUAGAAAACUCUGCACAGUUUCGAGUCAUAUCUAGGGUAGAAUUUUCCAGAGCUUGGAACUCUUCACAAUUAUCACCCUUUAGAGUGUGUUUUCGCCACACAAAAUCGUCGACGUGUGCGUUUGUUUCACUGUGGCAUGCCUAGUACUUUAAUGGCAGGAGCCUAGGUCCCUAGGCUUCUUUUUACGGACCUAGGUGCCAGGUAUCCUAGGAGUCGGGUACCUAGGCAUAUAGUACCCAGUAUAGGUUGCCAGGUUCUUAGGUGCGAUAUGCAAAGGUACAUGUAGCAGUCGUCGCUGGAUGCAUUGAGCACUUGGUGUGAAGAAACCGGAUGAACAGAAGGUUCUCACCGAUUAUCACUUUGUGGCAAAGUUACACCUGAAGGGUGUGCAACGUAGACACCUGCAAAAAGAGCUAUAUGGUCAUGUCAGUGCGUACACUGCGCUUAAGUGAAUUAGGUUUGCGAAAAGGUCUAUGUUCUGGAGUGUAAGAGAAAGAAAGGAAAUGCUGAUUGGAACCAUCGGUUUCCUUUUGCACUUGCACUCUGCAGUGUGUGUUGACUUCUCAUGAUUUGACUGCCACUGCAUGUCUUGUUCGUAUUCAACAACAGUUUGUUACACUUCACUGCUACUGCUGUACAUAGAAAUGCAUCUUUUCUUUUUCUUUUUACUGUAUGCUGCAUAAAUAUGUUACUUUCGUACAGAGAGUGCAUAAAAUUUCACGAAUUGUG